AAUAAAUAUGAGUGUCUGUAGCAGAAGACGAGACAAUUUAUUAAUUUUAAUUUUGAUAAAAUUUAAGUGCAAGUAAAUAAUGAGUGAAUGUGAGCUGACAUUUGGAAAUUUUUAAAAUUUUUGAAUAAAUAGUUCAAAUUGUAUUUAACUGUCUUUGACGAUGAAUCCAACCUGUCUGUGAGUUCUUGUGAACGGUUGCAACCAGGAGAGGUGGGUUUCCAGACCGGCAGGUGGAGAUGGUAGCUGGCGAACAGUUUCUGUGGAAGGAGAAACCAGGGGACCUCAUCUUAAGAGUGAGGAGUCCAAGUUUAAGUGUUCUACGGCGUGGUGAACGUUUACCUGUCUCGACUCACCGAAAAUUACACCGUAAGAUCAAUAUAUAUAUAUACACAUAUAUACAUAUCUAGUUAAAUGAAAAGAUACGUCGCGAAUUUUCCGCGAGAUUUUUAGGAGUCGUACAUGUACCGCUGAUGUACGUUAAUAAAUAACGCUUUCAAUCGGGUAAUGAUUGCGCGUAUUGUAAAGAAGCUUAUAUACUCUCGUGUGUGGAAUGCACGAUGUGUUUUAAUGGUUUUGCUAGAUCUUCAGGAUUAAAUAGCCGCUUACGGGCACUGUUCUCGUGGUAGUUUGUGUCCAAGACAAGCCGUCGAGAAUCCCAACUGACGAGCUUACUUAUUAUACAAUUGACCAUAGUGGAGAUAAAAAAACUAAAACAAAGAAAAAUAAUAAAUAUGUCUGAGUAAGUGAGUGAUAUUCCGCAUACUCGGUCUCUAUUUUUCCAUCAGUACGUACUGGGUUCCAUUAACUUUUACCGGUUCAGUGACAUUGUCUAGUUGUCAUCAAUUACCUUUUUUAUAUCGUUACUUUCUUUCGUUUUUGAUUUAAUUAAAUUAUAUAAAUAUAUAAAUGUAUAGCGUGUACUCAGUCUUUGUCAAUAAGUGAUAUCGAGAAUGGAGUAGAGCGUUGUCUACAAGUGAACCAACCAGUGUUACUCAGGGUUUAUAAUAGUACGCGUGAGUAAGAGAGAUGAUGUCGUUGGAAAUGUCGAGACUCGAACGCCGGGGUAUCGAACAACAUCCUGAUCAAAUACCAAAGCUUCUCACGGGUUUAAAACAUACGCGGGACACUUGUUCUGCUGAAUACUUUGCUGGAUUUCGGUUGUUUAUACUACAAUUAGUGGUUUUAAAAGUGUAAUUGUUGGUUGUUAAUGAGUUUGUGCUGUUUUAUCGUUUAUAUAUAUGUUAAGAGUGUCUUAUAUAUGUUUUCAGUUCAAAUGUGAAUAAUUUGUUGGUGCAUGUGGACAAAUAUUAAACAAGUUCUUGAGUGGCUUGCGAUAAUCUUCGGAAGAAAGGAGAAAGUCGGAUGAGAAAAAACUACGGUCUGCUGCAUCUUUUACGCACACAUCUAAAAUAACCAAAAUGCUCUCAACCAGAGAGACCAGCGGUCAGUGGUCCAAUACUCCGACAUCUGUUCAUGGUGCGCCGUGUAGUCAAUGCAGAGAGCUCUGUUCUACGGGUUACGUUCCUCAUUUUUGGCGGAAGGUGUGCAGAAGUUGCAGAUGUCCAAGAGAAGACCAUCACCGAACGAGUGUCAAGACAGCGGACUCGUCGAUGGCAAUGGCAAUGGCAUUUCAAAGCAGCAGCACGUCAUCUCCUGGCGGCGGCACUAUUCCUCCUCAUCAAGAACCGUUUAAGAGUCCGAUUGAAGCAGCACCUGUACUUCAAGACCCUCUUAUUCAUCACCAUCAAAGACUUUCUCAGAGCGACGACGAUAGCGGCUGCGCACUCGAAGAAUACACAUGGGUACCACCAGGCCUCAGACCCGACCAGGUUCAUCUGUACUUUAGUUCACUACCUGAGGAAAAGAUUCCUUACGUUGGUAGUGCGGGGGAAAGAGAACGAGUGAAGCAGCUGCUACAACAGUUGCCGCCUCAUGACAACGAGGCGAGAUACUGCAGUGGUCUUAGCGAGGAGGAAAAACGAGAGCUUCGCGUGUUUGCUGCUCAAAGGAAACGUGAAGCUCUUGGUCGAGGACAUGCGAGUCAAGUAGAACGACCUCACGGUAACGAUUGUCGUGAGUGCGGCAGGCCAAUAACCGCAGGAGAAAUGGCGAUAGGUGCCAGCAGAGCUGGACCCACGGCACUUUGGCACCCAGCAUGUUUUAUUUGUUGUAUUUGUAAGCAGCUCUUGGUUGAUCUCAUUUACUUCUGGCGUGAAGGCAGACUUUACUGUGGAAGGCAUCACGCAGAAACUUUAAAACCAAGAUGCUGUGCUUGUGAUGAGAUUAUUCUAGCAGAUGAAUGUACUGAGGCUGAAGGCAGAGCUUGGCAUAUGAGGCACUUUGCAUGCCUCGAAUGUGAUCGACAGCUCGGUGGUCAACGUUACGUUAUGCGUGAAGGUCGGCCUUACUGUCUUCACUGUUUUGACGCCUCUUUUGCCGAGUAUUGUGACAGCUGUGGUGAGCCGAUCGGUGUAGAUCAAGGUCAGAUGUCACAUGAAGGUCAACACUGGCACGCUACUGAAGCCUGCUUCUGUUGCGCUACUUGCCGAACUUCGCUUCUUGGUCGACCUUUUUUACCGCGAAGAGGCGCGAUUUAUUGCAGUAUUGCCUGCAGCAAAGGUGAGCCACCGACGACACCCAGUGAUUCGUCUGCUGGACCUCCACUUGCGCCACCACCGCCCUCUUCAUUUCCAAAACAAAACAGGAAACCGCCACCUCCAACACCAAGUGAAGGAUCUUCUAGCCCGCCAUUAUCAACCAGGCAUCAUACAAUUGCGUAUACCUCUGGUUCAGCUAGAAACUCUCCUAGAGUUUCAAGGAAACACUACCAAGGCUCUACAUCACUUGCAACAACUCCUACACAAAUUUCUUGUCUAGAUUUCCCAUGUGAAAGCCUACCGAAUGCUGGUUCACGAUCUGGCGGCUUGGAUCGAGUAAUUUUAGAACGCAAUCUCGAGAGGCUUUUGCAGGAGCGCAAUACACAUACGGAAGAAACGAACCCAAGUGAACUUGGAAGGUUGAUGCAAGCAAGAGAUCGUGAACCAUUACGCUGUGUACAAAACUCAACGCCGACUCAUGCAUCAAGUAUGCCAGAGUUACCUCCACCCCCUCAUUUACUGCCACAAUCGACGACAAUUUCACCGCAAACGCCUCCGCCUCCGUCGCCACCGCCUCUUCCUCAUUUAAUACCAAACGUACCGACUGACACGACGGACCUCUGUGGUAAUCCUGCUCCAAUAACAGAUCCACCUACGCCAACAUCCAGGCGAGUUAGAUUUGAAGGAGACGAAGCGCAAGGAACUUCAUCUACGAUGCCACUGGCGACUGCGUGUUCAUCUUCGCCGUCCAAACACAAUGUUCCGCGGUCGCGGAGUUUGCAGCCUGAACAAGUAGCCAGCACAUCUUGGGAAAAUGUUGGCCGAGUUACAAGACAUGAUGAUGAAGAAAGUUGUUGUUCGACAUGUAGCUCAUCUAGUAGCUCUGACGAAGCCACGGCAUACGCACUACCACCCAGAAGAGCUUAUGGAGGUGUUAGAAUAUCUUACGUACCCAAUGAUGCAGUUGCAUGUGCAAGGAGACGCGGCCAAACUCUGUCACAAUCUCAAAAGGAAGCUGACAAAUGUAUUUUAUCCUGAUUACUGUUAAUUUUAUUAUUAUAUUUUAUUAAAAUUAAUAAUAAUGAUCAAAUUAAUUGUUUAUUAUUUGAAUAUAAAUACAGUCGAAUUCCAUUAACUCGGACAGUUAGUCUACGGAGGAGCGCGAAUUUCCUAAAAAUUCCGACUUAUCGAAUGCCAGUUCUCUUUUAAUGGAAUUCGACUUAAUGGAGUUCGACUGUACAAAAAAAAAUUUAUUUAAUUGAUCAUUGCAUAUCAUUAAAAAUAAUUAUAGAAUUGUAUUAUUUGCUUUUCAUAAGCUUUUGUAUAUAAAUAUAGCAUUUUAUUUCUUGUAUACUUUUAGUAUUAAGAAGAUAAUUUUAAAUAGUUUAUUUUAGUGUUAAAAUCAUAUUGAUUUUUUUGUAA